CGUCAGUCCCCGCUCACAACUUCCCGUGGUCCUUUUCUUCGUCCCGCUGCCAUGGCCAGCCCGAGCCUUAGCCCCGACACGGUCCAGAUCUCGAUGGCCAUUGCGCCGACGCCGGCUGGAGCUCCGCCGCCGAUGACUCAGGAGAGCCAAGACGCGCUGCUAGCGGCGCUUGCCCGCACCACCCUACGCACCUCGGAGACGCCGCCGUUGCCGACGGCCGCGGCCGCGCCCGCGUCGCCGCACUCGCUGCGCCAGCUCGAAGAAGACAUGGUGCGCUCGCUGCCGCAGUCGCCGCGCGCACGCCCGGCCUGGAAACCGUCGGUCGCCAGCGCCGCAGUCCACAACUCGCCGCGUGCAUGCACGCCGUCGGCCACGCUGCCGUCGCCCGCCGCCGCCGAAGAAAACUGCUGCCUCAUCUGCAUGGACGACUUUACAGAGCGGAGGCGGCCGUACCCGCUGCCCUGCGUCGGCGCCUGCACGGGCGCAUCCGUGCAUUACCGCUGUAUCAUGGCCUGGCUUGGGCAAUCGGGCAGCUGCCCGCUCUGUCGCGGCCCGUGCGAUCCGCUCGCAAUGGAGCCCACGCAAACACUCGACUUUACAGAUCUGAAAGCGACCGUGCUGCGCCCGGUGCCGUUGGACGCUGGCAUCGUCCGCUGCUACGUCAAGCAGGUCUACAAGGGCCUCUUCAAGCAGUACGGCUACGAGCUCUACCUGCAAGGUCGCAUUGGUACGGACGAGCCGGACCGGUUCCUCCUCGCCGCCAAGAAGCAGCUGCGCAAGAACAUGACCGCCAACUACGCGAUCUACACCACGGCCGCGUGCGAUGACGCAUCGCGCGUCGGCCGCAUGGGCUCGAACUUUCUCGGAACGGUCUUCACCCUCUACGACAAUGGCCGGGACCCGCAAAAGGUGGCCAAGAUCCAAGAUGCGACCAACGGCCAAGACGCGCUUGGGCCUGGCGACAAUGUGCUCCAGAUCCGCGAAGAGCUCGGCUGCUGCACGUACGAAGCCAACCGCACAAGCGUCGGGCCGCGCAAGAUGCGGGUGUGCAUACCGGAUGUCGACGAAGCCGGUCGGUCGAGCAAGGUUGUCCGACCUACGAACCAAAAGGACCGCAUCGUGAGCCGCAUGGGCGUCGGCGAGCUCACGGACUUGAUCAAAUUCAUCAACCGCGAGCCCGUGUUCCGGGAAGACCUUGGCGCGUACUGCCUCGACUUUGGCGGCCGCGUCUCGAUGGCGUCGGUCAAGAACUUUCAACUGAUAUCCGCCGACGACCCGGCGAUGGGCAACGUCCUCCAGUUUGGCCGCGUCGCCGAUGACAUGUUCACGAUGGACUUUCAGUGGCCGCUCUCGCCGUUCCAGGCAUUUGCGAUCUGCUUGAGCAGCUGCGACACCAAACUCGCGUGCGUCUAACGAUCGACUAAACAACUACCCUCUGCGUUCAAUUCUUCCA